ACCCGUUCCGUUCCGUCGCGUUUGUGUCGCAAGCGGGCCGCGCUCGAAAUUUAAAUUUAGUAUUUUGAGUGACUAACCAAAACAUAUAGGACCUUCUUUUUGUUGCAUGAAUAUUAUUCGAGAGAAUUUUAUCAACAGGAUUAAUAUUAAUUGGUAUGCGACUGUCAAAAUACGAUUAAUUAAAAAAGUUGAAACAGCGUGAAAUAUCCGAUAAGGGUUGAAAGAUUUUAAGCUGUUAUUCCGUAAUUAAUUAUUGUAUUGUGGUGCUUCGAGCUAUUUAAUUGUUUCAUUAAAUAUUUAUUUCCAAUUGUCCGGAAUGAAAAUGAGUGACUGAAAUAAGAGAAGAAAAAUAAGUGCAGUGAUUAAAAUAGUUUUUCACGUGUGAUGUUAAUGAAAAACAAUGUGAUUCGUGUUAAAAUGCAAUGGGCUGGUGGAGGGAGGAACUCGUCGAUCAUUAACUGCAUACAGGGGAUAAUGAAAUCGGUUACAUGUCUCUAAAGGACGUCAAAGGCUCGAAGAUGUCGGCAGCGGGGUCAGCGGUGGCAAUGAUCGGCGCUAAUUUGCGCUUCGGUUCAGCUGGCGCUACGAAUUCUUCGAUCGUGAACAACACCAGACACUGUCCGCCAGGUGGGGCGGCCAGUGCGGCUGCUUUGCUAGCGUUGUCCGGACUUGGCAUUUCAGCGAAUAUAGCGCUCAUGGCCGUUAUACUCAGCAAAAAGCAAUUGCGAAGGUGGUCACACGGUCUCCUUUUCCACCAAGCGAUCGUAGACUGCGCACGCGCAGCCAUACUGCUGCCCCUCGGUAUCGCCGUAUUUCGCUGCCAGCCAGUCUACAAGUGCUCGUUAGUGGAAACAGCAUUUCUAUUACUUGUAACAGUAUCCACAGUAAAUAUGCUGACGACGGUCCUCAACGACAGCCCCAUUUUUCCUGAAAACGAGGAAGAGCAAGCUGAUUUAUCGGCUCCCUUGCUAAUGGACAGUCCUCAGUGUGUCCUUUUCGGCACAUUUAUGAUAUGGUUUGCGUCAAUUACUAUAAACCUUGGACCAACAUUCUUAUCUGGAGCAUUGGCAGCGAGCGCCGGCUCUUACGGGUCUUACGGUCCAUCGCCGUCCUGCCCCUUAGUUCGAGGGCCUUUCAGACAUUACGUCCUAAAUGCCCUAUGGAUUGGCGUUAACACCGUUUGCGUUGGAUUGACACUAUUCCAUUUACGGAAACUCCACCGAGACCUCACUAAGGCUAACGUAGAAGCCGUACGAGUAGCUGGUCUAGUAACCACGCUCGUCAGCAUGGCUGGAGACAACAGGCGCAUGGAUUCACUUCCAAACAGCGUUGGACCGAGGACAGUAGAUGGGGCUUUGGCUGAUGGUCAAUGCCGACCCACUGGGAGUGCCAAUUUACCUCUUGGAGGUGGUCGGAGGCUUAGAGGGUAUCUCGCUAGAGUAGAGCGUGAAGGGGUCCGACGUGUGCGAAUGUUCCUAGUUAUCACCGCUGCAUACGUCCUCUUUUGGGGACCACUAUUUAUAAUAACCUUGCUGCACCACCCGGCAUUGACAUCGCACGUAGCAUACGAGCUAUAUUUCCAAAUAACACUGCACAUAUCGUACGUGCACGCAGCGGUCAAUCCUCUGCUGUUCUUAGCGCUUCACCGCGCUUUGCGCCGCGCGGCACUUCAGCUGUGCUGUGGAUGUUGCGUGCAUUGGAGCCAGUUUGUACUCGCUCUUACUGCGGCCGCCCAGUCUCCUCUCGCGCCGUCGUCUUUCUCGCCGGCGGCGGCGUCCCCUGAGCCGCCGCCCGCUCCGCCCCCACCUAUGGCACCGCCCGCUCCGCCCCCGCACUCCGUGCCCGCGCCACACACGAUGAUGAGUUGGGAGGUUGAGGAGUGUGAUGCUGAGAGUAUGUCGAGUGCGCGUGUGCAGGGAGACGAGGAUAUGAUGGAGUCGUGGAGCGGCAGUGUGCGGCGGCCUCGCUCCCCGAGCCCGCUCCUGCCCGCCAUAUGAAGCGCCCGCGCCGCGGUCGACUCCCGCGACUCGCGGCAGUUGCCACACGUAUCCGCCUGCCUGCUACCUUCCGUGCCGUAUUAAUAUCAGAUGGAGCCAUCGUCUCGUAGAAGUAGCACGGAUUCUUGUGUCCUCCUAAUGUAUCCGUUUAGUGUGUAACACUUUCUUAUGAAUGUUUGUAAUUAAUAGUAAAAUAAAUGUCUAGUAACAAUAACCAAUUAAGAUACUAAUACCAAUCUAAUUAAAUUCAUUACAUGAUCGGAUGAUCCUGUUUGUACUAGAUAGGUUUAAAGGUGAUUAGAUACGGAAAGCUCAAUUCUAAACAAUUAAUUCGUAGCAAUAAACAUUGUAUUGACCACAGAUUAAAUAAUCAUAAAUAGACAUUACCAUAAACAUAAACAUAUUUUUGUGACAUUAAUAUAACGUAUUACCAUAACGCAUAACACCAAGUAAAGGGUAAACCCAUUAGUUCGUGUAAGUAACAAUAAGUCUUAGAUUCAAUAAC